AUGAGGGCAUCCGCUUGCAUCGCUGUGGCUACUUUUCUGAACCUGGGUUGCGCCGCGCCAGCAGCCGAUAACCAAACCGCAAAAGGCGCUGAAAUCCAUCCCCGAUACAGUCAUCGAUCCUCGAAUCCCGACCGGUACAAGGCUGGAUACUUGAGCACCGUGAAUGAAAAGACGUCGGUCAAGGAUGCCCAGCUAGAAGUGGUAUGCGAAAGCCGCGAGUACGACCCGCUCGAAUACAAGGACGGCGUGAAAAUGCUCAACAAUUUCUGCGAGAGAAACUGGGCCUACAGGGAGGUAAACUACGCGGCGGUCGUGGGUGACACGACGGUGUAUGUAUGCGCCGGAGAGGACACGCCGGAAUAUUGCGAUGUCAACGAGUGGAAAUACGCCGAGCGGUUGCUCGACCAGCGCUGCGGGACUGGGCGCGUGGGUACCGUGCAGAUCCGUGGCAAGAUCUACGGGAGGGGAGUCCACGGCAGCUAUAAAUGCUGA